AUGUCCGCGGUCGCUCACGAGUUUGAGACACCUGCUGAGGUGAGGCCGUCUGGUCAGAAUGGGAUCAACAUGGCCGCGGCACCGCCUGCCCGUGAGGAUGGCUUUAGCGUCUCGGCUACAGAGCUCGCUUCUAAGCCGCAUCCUAAUCGCGCCAUUCAGUCCACAGUCUCAGUGCCGCACACGCGGAUCCUGAGCCGUCCAUCCGCCGGCGGAGUGCACUUCUCUGAUGCUGGGAGGACUGCCGCAUCCGGCUCUGCGAACGGCGGCAAAUCGCACGCGGUGCCCUACGAGGGUACGGUGGUGCAUCCCUCGUCGCGCGGUCGCGUUUCCAGGUCUGGAGCUGGUGCAGGUGCGGUUGCCAGUGGGGCUGAGGCAAAGGCCGUCGUGCAGCUGGCCGGUGAGAAGGUGAAGGCUGCUAAGGUUCAGUUUCCCCAGGAGAUCGCUGCGGCUGACCACAGAGCCACGCCUGCGGGGGGCAAAAAGAGGGUGCCGGAGCCGCGCCUCAAGCACGCGCACUUGCCGAAGGUACCCGAGGCCUACGCAACAGCCGCGGCUGCGAAUGGCAAUGGGGCCAGCGCGGUCAAGACGACAUCUCGUCGGCGCCGCCGCAACGGAAACACCGCAGGGGCUGAGGGCAGGCGACCGCCGCAUUCUCAGACCGCGGGGCAGGGCGCUGUCAAGGCGACCAAGGCAAAGCAGCCGGUGGGGAUAUCCAAGAAGACGCAGGGCGAGAACGGCAGGGCUCAUUGCACGGAGCCGGCCGCCAGCUCGCAGGAGUCUGGGAAGAGGAAGGCGGCAGCGGCUAGGACAGCCGAGGCCGCCGCUGCGGCAAAAGGUUCUCCGAAGCAAAAGCCUGCCAAGAAAGCGAUCCCGGCUGCUGCUGCUGCUGCUGCUGCUACGACCAACGCUAAGAGCGCUGAGCACGGUGCCGCUGCACAGUCGCAGACAGAGAAGUCGGCGGCAGCAGCGGAGGCGUCAGCGGAUCAGGCGUGCGUCGACAAGAAGAACAUCGUAGAGGAAGCCACGACUGAGGUCGAUGGGGUGCUCAGCGCUCCUGCAGUGGAGAAAGAGGCCGCUGCUGCGGCGAAGCACGCGGAUCCGGAGGCGACAGGUGCUAAGGAGGAAGCUGCCGAGCAACCCGAGGAGGAUGCGACUGAGCUUUAA